GUGAGCAUUCAGAGAGGGGCCGCGGAGCAGAAACGGUUGGAUGUUCAAACUCUACUAUGUAGUCGUUCCUCCUCUUUGUUGACUAGUUUUGAAGCUAUGUAUCUCUAGAGGGUCAAGUCUAAUACUAAUAUAAGCCGGAGUGUUUAACGAGUACUUUCUUAUUUUUAGAGUUUUGGCUGAGGUCGUUCAGUGAACUGCUGCCUCGGGCUCUGUUGGGAUUAUUCAGUUAUUUUGUGGACUCGUAUUGUUCUGGGCACUGCUUUCUAAAUACAGUUUAUCCCAAAGUUUGGACUGCUGUCAAAGCGCACUUCUCCCCGCUUUCUUUCGGUAUGCCUGUGGCCAUCGGUGUGUCUCCGGACAGGUAACCAGGUGCGUCGCUGUCAUGGCCUCAACAACCACGUGGCUCUUUCCUGUCACUGUGGUCACAGUUCUGGCAGUGCUGGUGUUGUCAGAGGAACAUGAGUGGCACUUCAGCCCAGCUCAGUGUCGUUACGCCCUGGGGAUGGAGGACGGCGCCAUCCCAGACUCUGACAUCACUGCCUCCAGCGCCUGGUCCGACUCCACUGAGGCCAAACAUGGAAGGUUGAGCACUGGAGAGGGGGAUGGAGCGUGGUGUCCAGCAGGACCCGUCUUUCCCAGCGGAUCAGAAUACCUUCAGGUUGAUCUGCGCAAACUCCACUUCCUGGCUCUGGUCGGUACCCAAGGCCGUCAUGCCGAUGGGCACGGCCAGGAGUUUGCCCGCAGCUAUCGCCUUCGUUACUCCAGAGAUGGAGUGAAAUGGAUCACCUGGAAGGACCGCUGGGGACAAGAGGUGGUGUCGGGUAAUGAGAACACCUAUGAUGUUGUUCUGAAAGACCUGGGCCCCCCUAUUGUGGCCCGCAUGGUCCGCUUCUAUCCCCUGGCUGACCGUGUGAUGAGUGUUUGCCUUCGGGUGGAGCUCUAUGGUUGUGUAUGGAAUGAUGGGUUGAAAGCCUACACAGCUCCGGUGGGUCAUGUCAUGCACUUGCCUGGCAUGUCUGUGUUUCUAAAUGACUCCACCUAUGAUGGGAGCACAGAGCAAGGGAUGCAGUUUGGAGGCUUGGGCCAGCUUUGUGAUGGUGUCCUGGGAGGAGAUGACUUUAUAGAAACAAAGGAGCUCAGGGUGUGGCCAGGAUAUGAUUACCUUGGUUGGAGUCGGGAAGCCCUUGGGCAAGGCAGUGUGGAUAUUGAAUUCCACUUUGAAAAAUCUCGACUCUUCAACACCAUGCAGGUGCACAGUAACAACCGCCACACACAGGGUGUGCGCGUCUUCAGCAAAGUGGAGUGUCUUUUUAAACCUGGCCUCCUCCAGCCCUGGUCUCCUGUGCUUGGCCUACCGGUGCCUCUUGAGGAUAUUAAGGACCCUUCCUCGCGACCCAUUUCUCUCCCACUCGGUGGCCGGCUCGCUCAGAUCCUCCGCUGCAAAUUCUACUUUGCAGACCACUGGCUGCUCAUCAGCGAAAUAUCCUUCCUCUCUGAACCGUUUGAAGAGGAUGACACAAAUGCUGAUUCAUUUCCUCAUAAGCCUCCCAAGUUUCCUGACACCAGUUCCUUUCCUCCUGUUGAAGUCAACACCUCUGGUUCCACAUUGAGUCAUGGCUCCUCAAACACCACCACCAGGUCAUCUGAACCCCCCUCUACCACCACCUACAUGACGGAUACAUCUGAUAACUGGACACUGUCAGAGCGAGAAUUUUCUGCAGUUACUCCGAGGGCAGGGCUUCCCGUAGCCAAAGAUGACAGCAGUGACACAGCUAUUCUGAUUGGCUGCCUGGUGGGCAUCAUCCUACUCCUGCUGGCGGUGAUUGCUGUCAUUCUUUGGAGGCAAUACUGGAAGAAGAUCCUAGGCAAGGCCCAGGGCAGUCUGUCCAGCGAUGAACUCCGAGUUCACCUGUCUGUGCCCUCAGACAAUGUGGUCAUCAACAACACACACAGCUACUCCAGCCGCUACCAACGCAUACACACUUUUCCCGAUGACCGGGACAACGACAGAGAUGGAGAAGGAGAGUAUCAAGAGCCCAGCGCUCUGCUCAGGCCAAGAGAUCACAGAGACAGCACAGUCCUGCUGUUAAACAACCCAGUCAAUCACCUGCAUCUACCAGAUCACAGAAAAAGCUCCAGAGUCCUAGUCGUCCCCAGCUCCACCCAGACUCAGGAAAAGAGUCUCAAUGUGCCGCAGGCUUGUGGUUUCGACUUGGACAUGGAGAAAGGUUUCCCCCCAUCACAGGAGGAGCCUCCUCCCUAUCCCGGCUCCCCUCCUUACCCUUCUCUGUCUCCACCCGUGUCUCCCCCUCUUCCUCCCAGCGUCCCCCACUAUGCUGAGGCAGACAUUGUAAGUCUACAAGGCGUUAGUGGUAACAAUACCUACGCAGUUCCUGCCUUGGCAUCCUCAAGCCCUGGGGCCGACGCCACCCCGCUGCCGGAGCUGCCACGCCAGUCCCUCAUCUUUAAAGAGAAGUUGGGAGAGGGACAGUUUGGGGAGGUGCACCUGUGUGAAAUAGAGAACCCUCAGGACCUUCCCAGUUUGGAGUUCCCAUUUAAUGUGAGGAAAGGUCGCCCUCUGCUGGUAGCUGUGAAGAUACUGCGCCCAGACGCCUCCAAGAAUGCCAGGAACGACUUCCUGAAAGAGGUGAAGAUCUUGUCUCGCUUGAAGGACCCGAACAUCAUUCGGCUGUUGGGAGUGUGUGUGAGCAGUGAUCCUCUCUGCAUGGUCACUGAAUACAUGGAGUGUGGAGACUUGAAUCAGUAUCUGUCCCACCGAGUCUUGCUGGACAAAACUGGACCUUCACACAAUACUCCAACCAUUAGUUACCCAGCUCUCAUCUCCAUGGCCAGCCAGAUUGCCUCAGGAAUGAAGUUCCUCUCCUCUCUCAACUUUGUGCAUCGGGAUCUGGCCACUCGUAACUGUCUGGUUGGAGGUGAGAAGGAUGAAAGUGGAGAGGAUCGAGGUGGUGAGCGUCACAUCAAGAUAGCUGACUUUGGCAUGAGCAGAAACCUGUAUGCUGGAGAUUACUACCGGAUCCAGGGCAGAGCCGUGCUGCCAAUACGCUGGAUGGCCUGGGAGUGUAUACUCAUGGGUAAGUUCACCACAGCCAGCGAUGUGUGGGCAUUUGGGGUCACUCUGUGGGAGAUGCUGAGUGUUUGUCAGGAGCAGCCGUAUUCGAACCUCACAGAUGAACAAGUCAUCGACAACGCUGGGGAGUUCUUUAGAGACCAGGGCAGACAGGUGUAUCUCAGCAGGCCAGCUGUGUGUCCUCAGGGUCUCUACGAGCUCAUGCUGAGCUGCUGGAAUAGAGACUGCAAGCUCCGCCCAUCGUUCGCCUACAUCCACUCCUUUCUUACUGAGGAUGCCAUGAACAUGGUGUAAAGAGACAGAGGCAAAGAACAAGGGGAGAGAUAGCUUGUGUGCUCAUACGUUCUGCUGCAGUGGGAAGGUGUGGUGGAGUGUACACUCACAGGGAGAGUGGGUUGCUUGCCUUUUGUAUUUUGUACUUUUUGGGGGAGGAUGGGGCUGAGACACCGCUGGUUCGGUUUUAUUUCCACUUCAGACCCCACAGACAAAACCUUCACCCCAGCUUUUGGUAGGUAUCGGUGAGCUAUUUCAAUGAGGUUGGUGGAGGGUGCAGUCUGCAUAGGAACUUUCUCACUUCUGACACUUUACAAUCAAGGAGAGAUUGUGUGACAGGUGAUUCAGUGCUGUAGAGUUAUUGAUACACAAAGCUUAAUCACAGAAAAUACUCUUGUUUACUAUGACCAUGAUCAGUUAGGAAAUAACAGGUUUGAAAUUUUAUGAUCUUUAUUCAGCUAAUUAAAUGCUGAAUGCAGGCAAACAUGUGAAUGAACAUUCACUGUGAACUUUGAACAGAACUGUUGUCCAGAGAUGAAAUGGCACACAGGGAUUGUCUUAGUAGUUAUGGCCUACAAACUGCAGUUCUAUAAGAUUACCCCCACCUACAACAACACUUCAUACCAUAUUUGUUCAUUUUAUCUCAGCCCCAUAUUCUUACAUAGUGACAGACAUCCACAGUUUUCGUGGACAACUGUGAAUUGAUGCGGACCAGACAACAGCCCAUUUUCUACAAUGUGAUUAGAUCAAGAUUACGAUCAGCCACCUACCUCCCAUCUUAACUAUAAAGUCUAAGAAGCAUCUUAACUCCAUCUUUGAGAUAACAGCUGCGAACCAUGUACCAAAAUGAACUUGUCAAACUUGAGAAAAGGAGCACAGAAGAGGAGAGUCCACAGUGUCUGAGAUGUGACCCACAACUUGAAAGAGUUUUCCCAGCAAAGACACAGUACUGGCAGUCAGGACAGUGGAUGGGACAUCUUUACCGGGGCCUGUUUGGGUGUUUUGGUAAUUCUCUCCUUUUUAUUUUCUCCCCUUAUCUAGCUGUGACUCAGUCACAAUGGAUAGAUGUAAAAUUCCACCACCAUCUGCACUUUAAACCCUACAUGCAUAUCCCCGGCCGUGAUCAAACUUCCCUAUGAUGGACCUGAAUGAUGAUUCCAGUUGAGGUGGAUUCUGAUACUUUUCACUUGCAACCAUUUUCAGAUAUUUGUUUAGGAGUAUUACAGUGUAUCACAGAUGCAGGACACAAUCUAAGAACCCUCUUCAACACGGCUUUGCCAAACCAUCAGAUGUAAAAUAUUGUUUUAAUAAAAUGGAAUGGCAUUCUGAAAUCAUUUAUGUGUAACAGCAUUCAGACUUUUAAGUGUGUUGAGAUGACACUUAACUACUAACCGAUCACCCAAAUGCAUCACUGUAUUUUUAAAGCAUUCAAGGAUUGCUGAAACAGGGAAUUCUGAGAUUCCUGACUUCCAUGUGAAAGUCAACAUGAAUCUCUGUAUUUACCCGUGUUUGUAUAUCAAGCUGACUGCGGUAGAAUUAAUGUUUCUACCUUACUGACUGUAUAGUACUGUAAAUCACUCCUAAGAUCACGAUCAUAAAGUAAUACAUUUUAAUGAUUGUGUAUGGUUGUGCCAUUUGACUCAUUUUUGAUACACUGUAGUUCAAUUAAACCCAUUUUUAUAUAAAAACUGUGUAUUUAGACUCUCCUUGAUGUCUGAUUUUGUCUCUUUGUGUCUGAAUCUGAACAUUACAGUUUGUACAUAUUUUAUGGACAGAAUUACAGUUUCCUUUUCUAAUAUAUAGAAAACUCCUGUUACAUUUUGGGUCUUUUGUGUCUGUAGAGUGCUUGCUACCUUGACGUUGUUGUUGCUUAUUGUGUUGUCUAUUUUUGUAGAUGUUUUAAUAAAGUUAACCUUUU